ACCCUCGGACACAGCGGAUCACCGAUCUACGGAAAGAGCCGAAGAUGUCGGCUCGGUCAUGUGAUCAGCUGUGUCCAAUCACAGCUGAUCACAUGGGACAUGUACACUGAUCAUCAGAGCACUGAUGAUCAGUGUGCCCUGAUGAUCAGUGUGGCCCCAGAAGUGCCACCUGUCAGUGGCCAUCAGUGCCAGCUGCCAGUGCUGAACAGUGCCACUUGCCAGUGCACAUCAAUGCCACAUGUCAGUGCCCAUCUGAGAUGCCUUUCAGUGCCACCUAUCAAUGCCAAUCAGUGCCACCUAUCAGUGCUGCCAAUCAGUGCCACCUAUCAGUGCCAGUCAGUGCUGCCUAUCAGUGUGCAUUAAUGCCGCCUAUCAGUGCCCAUCAGUG